AUGAUCAAACAAUUAACCAAGGAACAUUAUUCAUAUAUUUCGGGAUCUCGAAAAAAAACGCUAAUGGUGGAAAAGGACAUAAAAACAAGAACCACAUUCCUUAUAAAAGAAAAUCUCAAACAUAUUUUUGUGUUAGACAAUGUAGAUGCAACAGUAGGUUUAUCACUAAUGAAUGUUACUAUAUUUUUACUUGGGGGGUUAACAAAUAAUACAAUAAAUGUUUGUAUUUCAACAUAUUUACAAGGAAUGAUAUUUAUUUUAAGUUUAUUAUGUUAUAUUAUUCAAACAAAUUUCCAAAAAAGUAUUGUAGCUGAUAUAUUUUUUGUUAUUCUUUUAUUCGUAUCCUGCAUUUUACCUUUUUUAUCAAUAAAAUUAAAUGGCGGUUUUAAUAGUAUUAUAUUUUUUCCUAUAUGUAUAAUGCUUUUAUUUUCAAAAUACCAUUUAAGAAAUUUAUUUUUGUUAGAACUUGGAUUGAUAUUAAAAAUUUUAAUAUUAGUUAUGGCCAUAAGUAUUAAUGAAAUAAAUAUAUAUAUAGUCUUACUAUUAUUAUCUUCUUUCUUUUUUAGUAUUAUAUUUUAUCGAUAUUUAUAUUUUUUUUCAAAAACUGUUUCCAUUAGUUUUUCUACACCAAAAAAAUUAAUGAUGAUUUUUCCAUACAUUAAUGAAUAUCAAGAAAUAUGCUUACUUAAGCUAGCUGAUAUAAUAAUAGACAUAAAUAACUAUAUGAAUAUAAAAUUAAAUAUGUUUUGUCAUGAUAUUCCACAAAUUAAUCUAACAGAACAAAAAAAAAAUUAUGAAAAUUUACAAGUAAAUAUUAGCAGAAUAAUAAAUAAAUUCUAUACUUUAAAAAAUCAAAAAAUAUUUUUAAAUUUCCCUCCCUAUUAUUGUCUAAAAGCAUUAUAUUAUAAAAAAUUAAAUUUAAUGGCAUUAUAUAUCGAAAAAAAAAAAAAAAAAAUUAUAAAAUUAUAUUCAUAUUCUCAUAACACACAUUUGUAUUUCCUCUUAGAAUUAUCUAAAAAAAUGAACAACUCUUUUAUUUAUUAUGGCAUUCCAUGCAACCAAACUCCUCCACAUUUUCUAUUAAAUAAUGGGGAUACUAAAGAAUGCGAUCCAGUCGUGAAACUAGGCAAAGAAAAAGAAGAUAUAAUAAGAAAUGAAAAACCAAAAGAAGAUAUAAUAAGAAAGGGAAAACCAAAAGAAGAUAUAAUAAGAAAGGGAAAACCAAAAGAAGAUAUAAUAAGAAAGGAAAACACAUCCAAUGAAGUAAACAAAAAGAAUAAAAAAUCGAAAUCCAAGAAAAAAGAAAUAAAAAAAAUAAGAGAUAUUUUCCGGAAUAAUUUGUUUUAUUCUAAAAUAUGUUCUAAACAACUAGAAAACAAUUUCCCUAAAAAAAUAAUAAUUGAUCAUGUAGAAAAAAAAGCAGAAAUAAAUAAUUUAUUUACAAGUAAAAUUGGAGAUGGCUCCGAAGCAAAACUAAAGGUUGUGAAAAAAAAAGAGAGAAAAUCGAAAAGAGAUGAACCAAAAAGAGAUAAGACAAAAAAAGAUGAUAAAAAAGGAGAGCAAAGACGAAAACAUAAUCCCAAAAAAUAUGAAUCAACUCUCGAAUCGAGCGCUACUGAAAAUCUUAGAAUUAUAAGAUCGCAUGUUGUGAAUAAAAACAAAAUAACAAAAAUUAUAGAAAAAACGAAUAUAACAUCAAUUGAAAAAUAUAUAGAUACAGAAGAUGAACAAAUAAAAAAUAAAUUGAAUAAAAUUCGAAAAAAAAAAAAAAAAGAGAAAAGUAAAAAUCACACAAACCAAGAAAUAGAAAUCGAAUUAAAUACAACAUAUAAAAAUCUAAACCAUAAUAACACAAAAAAACACAAAAAAAAAUUUAUCGAACAAAAAAAACACGGACAUGAAAUAUACACAAAUGUAUCAAAUCAAGAAUUAUAUAAAAAAUCUAAUAUAGAAAAAAAUAAUACCUUAGAUAAAACUGAGGAUUAUAUAUAUGAUCGAUAUAUAACCAAAUGCAAUGAUAAAGCAAAUUAUAAAAUCUUACCCAAAUCUACAAAAAGUUUAGAACAAAAAGAAAAGAUGAUAAAACAUAGUUACAAAAUAAAUAAGAAUAAUAAAAAGAAAACGGACUUAAAUGAAAAAAAAUCAUAUUCAUUUUAUCCAAAUGAGGAUCAAUACAUAUCUAAUGAAAAAAUAAUUUUUAUAAAUUUAUCAUGUUUAUUUUAUGUAUUAAUUCAUAAAAUUAAGCAACUCUUAAAAUAUAUAGAAAAAAUUAAUUCAGUUGUUCAAGCAGUUGAUUUUAAGCAAGGAAUUUCCCCUAAACAAAAUUUUCUUUUGUCUUUUAUAGAUCAAAAAGUUGAACGCUAUUAUAUAUUAUGGUCUAACAUGUUUGAUUUAAUUUAUCAUAUUGAAAAUUAUAUUAUACAUAUUUUACUAAUACUUGUUUUUAAUUUUUCUUCCAUUUUUAUUCGAAUAGCUCCUAUACACCUAAGUCAUUCAUAUGUGUUGUUCAAGAUACCAAGCUUUAUAAUAUGUUUUGUCCUACGAUUUUUUGUAUCCCCAAUAAUUGCUAUUUUAAUCUUUAUGCCAAUUAUAAAGAUUAAAUCUGUAAAUCCUAAAAACGGUUUUAUUAUUAAAAUCACAUUUUUUAUUUUGGGAAUUUAUAUUAUGAUUUUAUCUGUGAUAGAUUAUAUAUGGACCAUUUUUUUAGUUCACAAAAAUUUUUGGAAUUUAGAACAACCCAUUCAAAUAGCUUUACUCAAUGCAUAUAAAUGGAGCCUAUUUUCCGAAUCUGAAUUUGUUUUUUUUGUUCCAGUUUUCUAUUUUUUAAUAAUGCAUAGACUCAAAAGUUUGUGGUAUUUAUAUAUAAUAUGGUUAUUUAUAAUAAAUAUAAUAUAUUGGAUUUUUGUUACUUCACCAUUAGUAGGAAUCAAAUUGAAUAUUUCUCUCAUGACUCUUAUUAUUAUGUGUGUUUUAUUUAUCAUUAGACCUUUCGAAAUCGUAAAAAGAGACCUAUUUUGCAGAUUUGUUUUACCCUAUAUUUUAUUUUUAGAUGAUAUUAUGCAUUUUGUUAACAAUGAAAAGGAACUUAAAUAUUUGUCCUACACAAAUUAG